GGUCCGGGGUGCAGAGAGGCUGGCGCUCUCUGAAGCCCUCUGCAAACUCCAGCUUCUCAACCAGCUGUGCCACCGGGAAUGAGCCUCCUGGACUUGAGAUUGAGAACGCCCGCGAGGAGCGCUUCCCGGGGCCUGGCGUGGUCAGGGCCCCGAGAAGGCCCUCCAGCUCUCCCUGGCUGGUUUAUUUAUCUGCAAGCAGGGGCCAGGAUGGGGCCGCCCCUAACGGGUCUGGAAAGGAGGACUGUUCUGGACAUAGCAGAGGGCUCAGAGCCGGCCCGGGUGGAGGCCGCUGGGGUCCCAGCCCAGCAGUGACGUGGGGCCGGUGGUAGGAAGGCCAGAGGGAGGGGCCUUGGGCUCCCAGAAGGGCUCCCGCAUCAUGGGGGGUGGCGGCCAGGAGCAGUGGCUGGUGGACUUGGGUCAGCCCUGCCUGGGGGCCUGCUCAGUGACCUCACCGAGGGGGUGUGGUUAGGAGGGAGGGCCCCUCCCUGGGGGGAGGCCACAGGCCUGGUUGAGCCACAGGCCUGGCUGCCCGGGGCAGGAAAGGGGGCUUUCACUGCUUUGCUCUCACCUGGGGGUGUGGGCCCUAGACAUGGAGGAGACAAGUGGGGUGUGUGGCUAGAGCCCGACCCGGCCUGGGCAGUGAUCUCGGUUCAACCUCGGCCCAGACCCUGACCCCAUUCUAGCUAGGGCCGGGCCCCCUGACCCCUGCCAACGGGUGACCCUUGAGGCUCACGUGGGCAGCAGUGUAGUGUGGCUCUGGGCCCUCAGCUCUGAGGGCCAUCCAGGGACACUGGCAGAAGAGCCAGGCCAUGUGCCCUUGCCCCCGGGGUCUCCCCAGGUGUCCAGCAGCUAUGCGCGGUGAGGUGGCGGGUCAGGCCCUUGGAGAGGCCUGUAGUCCUGUGGCUUCCUGGUAAACACGCACGCACACAGGAACAGCCCGCAGCCCCAGGAGGAGCAGGUGUUUGUGUGCUGCUCAGGGCGCCCGCGGCUGGCUCCUUCCUUGCCUGUACUGGGAGCGAAGCUCGCUCUGGGAGGGUGCGGGAUCCCUUCUCCCUGUCUUUUGCCCCCUCCCCGGGGACGCCUGCGUAACCCUCCUAGACAAGGCACGGAGCAGAGUGUGAGCCUGGGAGCGGCGCUGGAGGCCCUCCACCGCGUCCGGGUCCCAGCUGCGGGCCCUGUCUGCACCCAGGUUGAGGCUCCAGGGGCCCAGCCGGCCUGGUGGGCAGCUGGGGAACGGGGUGCUGGGCGGGGCAGAGGUAAGAGUUGUCUGCCGCGGGGGAUGGAGGACCUGCCGGGUGAGCAGGUGGGAUUGGGCCAAGCCCCGUGGCCGGGGGAGUCCGCUGACCACUGGGUUGUGCUGGAGGGACCUUGGCAGCAUCUCGUUUGGCCCCUCACUGUACAGAUGGGGAAACUGAGGCCAGUGAUGUGCCCAAGUCCUCCCAGCCCGUCUGUGUGGGUGGGAGUGAGGCUGGCUGGGUGCUCCUGCCGGGGCCCCUGGCCCUGGCCCUUUGGGGCCUAGAGAGUGAGAGACAGGCACGAGGUGCUUGAUGGCUGUCUCUGUGGCCCAGCAGCAUCCCUCCUUGAGGCCCUGUCACAGCGGGACCCCACUCCUGGCCACCUGCACUGUUACCAUCUUGGCAAGCACCUGGUGGCCGGUCCUGGCCAUUUGGCCCCUGUGGUCUGUCCCCGCUUCUCCGAGCUGCUGGAGGGCAGAGCCGCUUGUUUACCUCCGGCGCGUGGCCAGCCCUGUGGGCGAGUGGUGGACGGUGGCCCAGGGCAGAGGCUGACCAGAGCCGGAGGUUUCCCCGGGGAGCCCUCGAGAGAUGCGUAAGGCGGUGCAUGGCUGUGAGUGAGGCUGCCGCACCCUCAGCCCACCGUGCUCUGCGCCUGAGCCCCUUUCCCGGAGCACCGGCUGGCCCAGAGCAGCGUGGGCUUGGAAAUGCCACAGAGGCCGGCGUUCUGCAGAGGAGGGGACGCUGCCUGCCGCUGACCAGCCCGGGAUUUAUGGAGAGGGCCUCAGAGGGCCACUCUGAGUGCCGCUGCGGCCAGCAUCGCCGCCGCGCCUGCUGCUGAGACCCCGCGCCCCCGGCCCUCACCAUUGCCCUCGCCCGCCCAUGGCCCCCGCCGCCCGGCCCGGGGCCGGCGCUGCCGCCUGAGCCCCCUGCCCCCUUCCAGGACUCGCCGUACCCCGAUGGGGUAACGUGACGGAGGCCCCGUGUCACAGCCGCCUGCUCCCACCCCAAGGCCGCCCCGUUGGUUCAGUUGGAGUUCAUUCUUCCUUUGGUCCUUGGGGGUUUGGGGCCUUUGAGUGAAGGCGGCCGUCGACCUGUCCACGGAUGCAGACGGGGCGUCCCCAGCGACAGGAGAGCGCUGGCCACGGCCGCAGCGGUCGGACUCACUUUGGGCUUCUUAAAGAUUUCUUUGCUGACUGUUUUUGGUUGUCGUUAUUUUUGCUUUUGCCCCCUUGUAAUUAUCCAGCACGGAGAGGCAGGAGCUUGGACUGGUCCAUUUUACUUCCGGGGGGCUCUUUCGUUCCUUUCGUUUUUUAAAGAGUUGGGUUUUCUUUUUUAAUUAUCCACCCGUUAAUCCGGGCAGCAUCCUCCCCCCUCCCAAGUAUUUGCACAAUAUUUGUGCGCGGUGUUGGGGGGCAGGUUUUUAAAGAAGCAUUUUCUCUCUCUUGGACAAGCACAGGGAUCUCGUUCUCCUUGGGUUCUGGGGGGCUGCUGGGGCCUUCUCCCACCCACGCCCCCGGCCCCGCCUGCAGCCCUUCCUGGGCGCCGCCCCGCCUUCGUGGUGCAGCCAUGGCGCGGAUGAACCGGCCGGCCCCCGUGGAGGUCAGCUACAAGAACAUGCGCUUCCUCAUCACGCACAACCCCACCAACGCCACCCUCAGCAGCUUCAUCGCGGACCUGAAGAAGUACGGGGCCACCACCGUGGUGCGUGUGUGCGAAGUGACCUACGACAAGGCCCCGCUGGAGAAGGACGGCAUCACCGUCGUGGACUGGCCGUUUGACGACGGGGCGCCUCCACCCGGCAGAGUGGUGGAGGACUGGCUGAGCCUGCUGAAGACCAAGUUCUGUGACGACCCCGGCAGCUGCGUGGCUGUGCACUGCGUGGCCGGCCUGGGACGGGCUCCGGUCCUCGUGGCUCUGGCCCUCAUCGAGAGUGGGAUGAAGUACGAGGACGCCAUCCAGUUCAUCCGACAGAAGCGGCGUGGAGCCAUCAACAGCAAACAGCUUACCUACCUGGAAAAAUACCGGCCUAAGCAGAGACUGCGGUUCAAGGACCCACACGCGCACAAGACCAAGUGCUGUGUCAUGUAGCUCAGGACCUUGGCGCCCUGGCCUCGGGCUCAGCGGGGCUCCAUCUCCCUCCUCUCCAGAUGCCUCAGCACACCCGCCACCAACGGUCCGGCCCACCCCACGCGCCCUUUGCUGUCUC